CCGGAUGACUGCACAAUAACAUGGCGAAUAUUAAUUCUAUCGGCCAAAUUAUUGGCAAAAUAUAACGAAAAUAACAUUAUUUUUCACAAUACAGGAUUUUAAACCAUCAUAAAUCGAUUGUCAACGAAACGGCCUAUUAUUUAGAGGGUAUGGAUUCCCUUAAUUGAUUCAGAGAUGGGUUGAUUUAGUGAAAUGUAAACGCUUCUUCAAGUGACUAGAACAACAUCGGCGGCAUGUUACGUUUAACUCUUCAAAAUAUAUAACUCACAACUAGAUUAUAACUCAAAACUAGUCAAAGAUGGCCAAAAAACCGGACGGAAGAACUUUUAAUGUCAGCGUUAUUGGGUUAUCGGGAACGGAGAAAGAGAAAGGUGCAUACGGGGUCGGGAAAUCAUGUUUGUGCAAUAGAUUCAUCCAUCCAGAGGCAGAUAAGUACUAUAUGGAACAUAUCUCCGUGUUGAGUCAGUCGGACUUUGGCGGGAGAGUGAUUAACAAUGAUCAUUUCCUGUACUGGGGCGAAGUUACGAAAACAGACGAGGGGAAUAAUUUCACAUUCCAUGUGAUUGAGCAGACGGAAUUUAUAGACGAUGUGUCGUUUACACCGUUUAAAACUGGGCGUACAGAUCCCUAUACUAAGCGCUGUGUACAGACGAAAGUGCAAUCAGCGGAGAAACUGAUGUACAUAUGCAAAGACCAGCUUGGCAUGGAAACAGACAGUGCAUAUGAACAGAAGCUAAUGCCUGAUGGGAAAAUGAACAUUGAUGGUAUCGUCUGCUGUUUUGAUGUUAGCAAAGUAGCGGAAAGGAGUCUUGAGAAACAGGUCGAAUUCUGCGUCGUCCUUUUAAAUAAUGCCAUGAAAACAAAAAAGCCUAUUGUCGUUGUAACAACAAAAACAGACUCGAUCGACGUGGAAUAUGCUAAGGAAGUUGAAAAAUUAUUAACUAGAAAAGAAUACAAAAGUAGCAUUCCUUUGGUUGAGACGUCUGCUCAUGAUAAUGUGAACGUAGAGGCGGCAUUUUUGUUAUUAGGUCACAUGAUGAUGGAUAAGUCAAAGGCACGGACUAAAGUUAUUCCAUUUAGCGAGGCUUCAAAAGCGCGCAAAGAAGUAAUGGAAGUGGCCAAGGAGGCUUUUAGAAAUCUUUUACGUGUGAAAAUAACUGAUUCCAAAAUUAAUUGGGCUAGUGCAAGAAAAAAGUUAGAAAAGGAAUCGGAUUACCUUCAUUAUGUGGAUUUAUUCGGGACGGACAAAGCGCGGGGCCUAGUCAGACAGCAUACUCGGCAUUUACGAGAGGAACUGAUAAAGCAAAAACAGAACUUGUUCCUGAAACGCCUUCCUGAUGUUCUAGCCCACUUUCUGCCCGAUUUAGAAACCAUCGGAGAUAGGAAAAGCUGGACAGCAUGUCAGAGUCAGAUGAUGCGGGACGAUGACUUUGACUCAUUCUUUGUUAAGGUGUGCGAAGAUGGUGAGAAAUGGACGACAACAGAUUUUGUCGAUGAUGUACAGGAAAAUCGUCUUCCCUUAGACCUACUUUCUUCCGCGGAGGCAGAAACCUGUUUUCUGAAUCAUGUAAAUGCUCUGCAGGCAGCUCGCAGGAAAGAAGAAUUAAAGAAUGAAUUUUGGGCAUUAUUAGAAAAGAAUAUCGAUAAGCCUGGUGGAUUAUUAAGUGACCAUUAUACAUUAUUUCUUGGGAAAGAGAGUUACACCGGUUUACAUGAACAUGAACGGCAACAGGUGUACGAGGAAUUUCAACGACAGCUGAAAAAUAGACUGCGUAUAGAGUUUCAAGAACUUUUAUGGGAACGACCCAGUGUUUUCCGAAAUCUCAAUUUGAACCAAAAUCUAACUGAAGAUGAUCUCAAUGUUAUUUAUAAUUCUUUGAAUGAUGACCAAAGAUUUAGAAAGUUUCAUAAGCUGGAAGAUGAUAGGAAAGUAAUGCUGUUGAAUCAUGUUGUGUUCCUAGAGAAACCCUCCGUGGAUCGGUGCUUUUUUCACACGUCUAUGUCGGAGGACUGCACGUGUGCAGAGUGUCAGGUGUCAAAUAUUUUGAGAAACGAGCGACGUCUUGUGCCUAAUGGGAGGAGUAUGUGUAUAGAUGAUGAAUAUAAAGUUGCCCACCGAGUUUAUAGUCUUGACUAUCGACCUAUAGAAGGAAAUGUGACAGAUGAAGGCAACUCAUUUAUAGCACCUAACUUUAAACCACAUGGUUGCAUUUGUGUAUACAACUCUAAGGAGUCAUUAGAAUACAUUCGCUCAAGUAUUCUGAAGACUCUGGAAGCCGGCAACCAGGCCUUGAUUGGUCUCCCCUUAGUUAUAAUGCUAGCAUAUGAGCCAUAUACGAUAAAAGAGGUCAACUGCCUUAGGGAGGAUGGGAAAGUCCAAGCUAGAAGUUUUCAAUGUGAGUUUGUUGACACCCCCGAUGAAGACCUAGCGGAGAAGUUAAAGUUUUAUCCGGAACAGAUUGAGCAAGCCUUGAACAGCAUAAUUCGUGGACCGGGACAGUCAGUUGGAGAGAGAAUUAUGGAAGACACGGAACCAGAUCUGAGGAUAUUACUGUGCAUGAUGUGCUCGGAUCCGUUUCCCAUGUCAUUGCCGUUACAGCCGUUUCUAAACGAGUCUUCAUUCGUCGUGACAUCUGAUCCGGAAACGUCCUCGGUGUCACCGGAAGAGGAUAAUGUGUUUACUAUAGACAUGAAUCUGGAGUACUCGAAACAGAAAGUUGAAAUCACUGUAACAUCUUAUCACGGUGCUCAUUUACUAUUACAAAGGGAAUAUAUCUAUCAUGGUUUUAUUCUUGUGUACUGUCCAAAAAGGAGGGCAUCUUUAGCUUCCUUAAAGGCAUUUGCAGAGACAGUAAACCCCGCCUACAUGUUGUUUCUAGCCAUCCCUGAAGGCGGAGCUAGCAGAUAUAAUAUGAAUGAACAUAGUCAAGGAAUGAAAGAUGGAAAAGAACUCGCCAAAAAAUUAUCAGUAUCUUACUCCCAGUUCUCCCAGAACUUCAAAACCCAAACUGCUAGCCAGAUAUAUGAGAAGUUUCUACACGAUGUUUGGGAACAUAGAGAGGAGGUUGAAGAAGACAUGUAUGAGGAGGAACGGAGCCCACCGCCAGCCUACGAUGCCAACUUUCAGCGCCCACCAGCACCCUUACCUAACCAGUUCCAGACUAACAAAAGUACAUCAAGUAAUAGUCAAAGCACUGAGGAUUCCGAGCCAUUGUAUGAUCAACCUCACGUGUUACAUCAUCACUCUGACAGCGAGAGAGCCUCGUCUCCGUCCCCACCGCCCCUGCCCAGCUCAAGCCCGCCACCCACACCAGUUGAACCUCCAUUCUAUAGAAAUGAUCAUGAAUUGGUGAAACCAAGCAUGUUAAAGGAAAAAAGAAAUCAAUAUGCAGGCCAGGUUCGUGACCAGUAUCGAAAAUCAUUCCCGAUUGGGGAAUGUGAAUUGAUGAAAAUGCGUAGUGGGAUGAGUCAAAGCUUGACCGAGCAUCUUGACUCCGAGGCUGGUGCCUCGCCUCGUUAUCAGUUCAGGAAGUCCAGAAGUAUGAAACUUGCAGUGAAGGAUGAGGUGGAAGCCUGGGCAAUAAAUGAGCCAAAGAAAUCAGCAAAGUCAGGGAUCUACAACAGCCAAGGGAGGCGAUCUCAUGAAUCACCGUAUGACAAUACGGAGCAUGCUGGUCACGAUGACGACGAGGAGGUGGUUUGGUCUCACAACAAUUUGUACGAAAGGUCAUCGUUCGUGUCCCAACAAUCAAGUGCCAAAAAUAAGUCCUCAUUAUUUGCGCAGUAUGCAUUGCCGCAGCGACCUGGAAGCACUAGGGGCGGACGUGUGACUGCUCCCCUCGCAUUACCGGAGAAAAUUGAAAUCUCAGAAGUUUACGGAACUGUCAAGGAUGCCUUGAUACCAGACAGUGAUUAUGCCCUCGUUGAUGAUGCUUUACCACAAGGAAAAAUUCACCGAAUCAAAUCUACGUCACGGAAAAAUGAGAAAGGUACAGAUUCGGAAGAGUCAGAGUUCAGUUCCCUUGAACGCGACAAAAAUAAAGACAUUUACUCAAAGGUGAACCGGAAACCAACGCCUCACAAAAAGAAGCAUAAACACCGGAACCAGGAAGGGCCGUAUAUAACCCAGAUAAAUAUAGAACAUCCACAUCAACUCGGAGAACAGCCUUUAGAACAUACUGGUCGAGGAAGAAGUAAUUCGCCUUCGGAGGAUAGUGCGGGAACGGGAGACGAGUUACAACCAGGGACGAGAGUUAAACGUCGUUCCAUAAAGAAGAAGAUGAGUUCUGGAGGUAGCGGGACCCAUCUGUCGGAUAGUGAUCUACAUUCAUCUCUUCACGGAUUAAGCAUGAAUGAUGAAGAUGAGGCUGGCAGCACUGAGGUCCUUAUUCAUAAGGUGGCAAGUGAAGACAAUGACCUUGACCUGAAUGAGAGCGGGACUUGGAAUACAUGGUUUAAGAAGAAGCAGGGGAAAGAUCCGAUGAAAACUUUGGAGAAACGGAAACAGGAUGAAGAGAGAAGGAGGCAGAGAGAAAAUGAAAAGAAGCAGAAAGAGCAGCAAAAGUUGCAGAAGAAGAUCAAGAAGAAGGACAGUAAAGCCGCCGGCCAAUCAGAGAGCGGCAUUAGUCUCAGUGACUUCUCCAUGUCUCCAAAUAACCCGUCUGUGCCUCAAUUCAUAGAGAAAUGUGUCGAAUUCAUCGAAUCAGAAGGUUUACAUGCAGAAGGUAUUUAUAGGAUACCUGGAAAUAAAGCUCAAGUUGACCUCCUUACUACCAAAUACAAUGAAGAUUCCAAUAUAGACAUAUCAAGUCUGGAUAUUCAAGUGAAUGCUGUAGCCACUGUUCUGAAGGCAUUCUUCGCUGAUUUAACAGACCCCCUCGUACCCAUGUCAUUAUAUGAUGAACUGAUUGAAGCCUCAGAGCGUACAAAGGACUGUUUAGACCCAGGGGUUGUUGACAAGAGUAGCAGAAUUAUAGCUUUACGGGGAGUCUUCCUAAAGAUGCAUCCCCUUAACUUUGAAGUCCUUAAAUUUCUUAUAACUCAUUUACACAAAGUUAGCAAAAAUUAUGAUCAAAAUAGCAUGGACUCGAAAAACUUAUCAAGAUGCUGGUGGCCCACCUUAUUUAGAAUGGAAUUUGACUCGUUUGAGAAAAUGACAAAAUACUCGCGAAUACCGGAAGAAAUUCUACAAACCUUGAUAGAACAAUGUAGUUUCUUCUUUCAUAGUGGGAAUGAAAUAUGAGAGUGACUGAAUAGUAGUAUGUCUUAGUCAACCAGGAAAACAAAAUACGGAGAGAGAAAUACGUCCAUCUUUGUAAAUGAUUUUGCUGACACGGUAGGAACAGCUUCGUAUUUGGAAACGGCCAGAAAGAAAAUCUUACUUAUAAAAGCUGAAAUAGAUGGACAGGUGCAAUGCCUACGUAAAGAAAAAAGUAGAAUGAAAAUGAGCGGUGGAUAGUCACCUUAAAGACAAUAUAUGAAGACUGAAGUUUUCGCUGUCAAGAUUCGAUACCAGUGAUUUAAGUUUGGAACGUAAGGGGGCAGGAAAAUAUAAUUACAAAUCGUGUUAAAUCAGCAAAGUGAACAGAACAAGUACACGGUGAUGAAAAAUGAAUUUUUUUUGGUAUUUAAUUAGAACAGUUUAAUCAAGUGCUAUAUUUGUUAUUGAUUUGUUUGUAAUUUUUUUGUUUGUUACUUUUCUUUUUUUUAAGGUCAUACUCUAAACCGUUGGUGUUUAAAACUUUGAGAAGUCAUUCAUUGUUUGAAUAUUCAUUUUCUAAGGUCAUAGAUAUCUUACAUUGAAUUUUUUAAAAUCAUCCAUGGAACCAUUUCUGUUUAAUCAUAAUAAAUAAUAUAGUAAAGUCGGGCCUUAAAAUCUUUUCUUCUUUUAUUUUAGUUUGACUUUCGCUUUAAUUCGUAAAAAAGCUUGUGUCAAAUUUUACAAAAAUGAAAACUAAAAAUUACAAAAAUGUGUCUUUGAGGCAAACAUACUGCAUUAGCCUUUAGUCUACAAAUCAUUUUUGUAACCAUCAUAAAAUACUUCAUUAUGAUUCAGAUUGUUUAGGGUGUUAAGUAUAAACAUAAAGAUAAACAUUUCACUAUCACAAUACAUUAUGAUACUUUAUUUAGUGUCCCAUACUCAUUAUAAUGGGUUUUAUUUUUACAAGGCAAACUUCUAAGAAAAUGUUUUAAAGAAUUUAUUUUUUUGUUUCCAAAAAUUUAACCAGUCUACAAAAUUUGUCAUCUGAUUGGCUAAUUCAAAUUUGAAAUUUAAAUUCAACCAAUUGCAGAGUCACAAGAAGACUGGUUCUCAAAAAUCAUUGACUUGAUUUAAAGAUAUUUUUUAUUGUCAUGCAAUUUAUUCCUAUUCUGUUCAGAGAAAAAAGAUAGUGCAGUUCAUCUAUGUAUCAAGGAGAGCAUCUUUAUUUUUAAAGAAAUACAUAUAAAAAAGUGUGAAGAAUUUUCUGUCCACCUCAAGAAUUUUCUUGCUUAUCAUUUUAUAAAACUUCUAUCAUUGCAUUAAUGGAUUUGUAUGAAAUAAAAUGAAUUACUAAAUCUCAUAUUAUACUUGUCAAGCUCUAUGUCACUUGUCAGAAAUUGUUUCAUUUCCUGACAAUUACCUUAGAAAUUGUCAUUUGUCAGAAAUUGUUUCAUUUCCCAGCAAUGACCUUGACCUGAUGACAAAUUGUUUCAUUUCCUGACAAUGACCUUGAAAAUUGUCAGUUGUCAGAAAUGGUUUCUUUUCCCGACAAUGACCUUGAAAAAUUGUCAGUUGUCAGAAAUGGUUUCUUUUCCCGACAAUGACCUUGAAAAUUGUCAGUUGUCAGAAAUUGUUCCAUUUCCUGACAAUGACCUUGACCUUAAAAAAUAUAUGUGUUGUUUAGUCAGAGAUCAUGUGUUCAUUGCUGUUUUAAAUGUUGAUAAAUAUAUCAUUGUGUACAUAUAUAAUGUUUUAUAUCACUGGAUAUUUGUAACAUACUUUAAGUGUAUAUUGUUACUUGUAUAUGCGUAUAAAUGAAUGAUAUUUUGGAUGGCUUUUUAAAGUGAUGGCUUGGAAAAUAAAACCUUAUUGGCAAAGGUUAUGCUUUUUUUAGAUUUUUAACGAGAAAUCUGUAAGUUUUGAGCUAAGCAAUUUCACCACAAAGAAAGAUAGUUUCGUAUUUUGGUGUUGAAAAUAGGUUUGUAGUCUAGUUCAUUGAGCAAAAGCUUACAAAAGUUUUAAAAUUGCAGUCCAGUCUUUUUCACUCGAGCAUAUGAUUGGUUGGUUCUGUGUACAGAGUUUGAAAUUGACCAAUAGAAGGUUUGCAACUUUAAGACUGGUUUAGAAUUACGAUAUGUUUCUUUGAUUUUUGUUCUUGAUAAUAUUGUGUCAUAAAAAUGCAGGAAUUCAAUUUAAUUGAUAUAAAUGAAGUGAUUAUAAUAAUCAGAAAACAAUCAACUGUAGACGGAAGUAUGACAUAGUGACAAGUUACUUUGAAUUGUAAAUCCUAUAAUUUGAUAUGUCCCCAUAAUAUUAUAGGGAGAUCAACAGAUUUAUCAUCUUCACUUUGGUGCAGAAGUGUAAUAACGCCAUUUGAUAAAAACAAUAUUACACAAGUAUAAUAACAAUUUUGACGUUAUGUCACUUGCGUUAUAUUCAAACAUUGUUAAAUCGUGCUAAUGUUAGGGUUACACUAAAGGCGUGUCAAUGAAAAACAACUCUUUUUAACAGAAAACCAUUCUAGUUUUGGAUAUGUGAUAAAUAGAAUAUUAAAUUGAUAGAUUCAAUAUUAAAAUUUUUUCAACUUUGGAAUAAAAACAAUAUUAUGCUCGCCAGAGGCUCGCAUAACAUGACUUUAUUCAACUCAUUCAAUAUAUUUAGUUAUGUACAUGUAUUACAUAUUUCUAUGAUUAUUUUUUAAUGCAAUAUACUAAGAAUUGAUGAAAUAUUGGAGGAUGGGGGAAGGUGGGGGACAAAAUUUUGUCUUUUAUUUGUUACUUGAUAAAAAAGUGACGAAUAUAAUGAAUUUUAACCAGCUUAUUUAUAAUGUUGUUAAUAGUAGGUCCAGGGCACCUAGAAUUGUUCCAACGCCUGCCUACUAUUUGUUAGCAGUCUAUUUAGAUUUUGGGAUUUUCAGUUUUAUUAUUUUUCAUAAAAUUAUACUAUCGAAUAUUUUCAAAUCUAUCACACAAAAUUUAGUGUGGGUUAGGGUGUACACAAAUUGUAAUAUUGGAAGAACAUACACUUGAACUAAAUGUAUUUUGACAUAUAUGCCACAAUUUCUAGGUGGUUAUGUUGUGGCAUGUAUGAUUUUUUUUGGGGUGUUGGGGAAGGUACAAUGUAUUGAUUUUUUUAAUGCAGAAUCAGUAGAAUAAUACGUUAAAAGAAGGUUUCCUUUUUAAUCGUUUGAGAUCUGAUAUUCUUGUUAAGUUUUAUUCAGUUUACAUGUUUCUUUAUUCUACACAAAUAAUGAGGGAGAGUUAAAAAUCUAUCUUAUAAAAAAUAACCACAAAUAAUGUUUUAUUUACAGUUUUUAAAAAAUUUUCACAAUCAAGUGCUUCACAUUAUAAUUGAGCCGUGUCGCAACAAAACCAACAUAGUGCGUUUGCGACCAGCAUGGAUCCAGACCAGCCUGCGCAACCGCGCAGUCUGAUCAGGAUCCAUGCUGUUCGCUAUCAGUUUCUCUACUUGUAAUAGAGUUGGUAAGCGAACAGCAUGGAUCCUGAUCAGGCUGCACGGACGCGCAGGCUGGUCUGGAUCCAUGCUGGUCGCAAACCCACUAUGUUGGUUUUGUCAUGACACGGCUCAAUUAUGGUUUUUUGGGGGCUUGUUGCACGACUGUUGUGGUAGUAUGUCAGAUACAAGAAGAUACAAUAUGUUUUGUUUUUGUUUUGCUUGAAGCCCUCGUGUUGUUUACACGACGAGUCUUUGAAUGGAAUUUAUCCUUGUAUGCGUUUGUAAGAUUUUACAUGUAUAAAAGAGUUUAUUACUAUGAUUAUACAGUGAAUGUACUUUGUUAUCUAUGUUUUUUUUUCUUAGUUAUUUAUUCUAGGUUACUAUUACAAUUGUAUCUUCUUUUUUUUGUAUAAUUUGAGAGAUUUUUAACCUAGGCAUGCAUAAUGACGGUAUAUCUACGUAUAUAUACAUAUUAUAUAAAACAGUUGUUUCCCCUUUUUAAUUAUUGAGUGUGUGCUAUAUAGUUAAACCAGACAGCUUUCUAUGAGGAAAAAGGGUAUGUAACUGUGAAACAAAAUGUCCCUAUCUGACAUAGUAUCUGCCUUUAUAACUCUUUGUUUUAAAAAUAAUGAUAAUUGUACUUCACUUGCUGUGUACGAGGUUACGACCCCUUGUUUUCUAUUUUUAGAAUCACCAGAACUGAAAAGUUCAGGGCGAUUAAUUAUAACCUCUGGCUUCAAAUCUCGCCCUAAAUUCUUUAUUAGAUUAUUUUAGAUUUUGAUAUUUACCGGGACAUAAAUCAUUUCCGGGACAGACACCUUAUUUCCGGGACAGUCCGGGACUUAAUGGCAUGUAUGCUUUAUGAUAUUGAAACUGUUCAGUUUGCAUACAAGUUUUGUAGGUCUACCUAGAGUUGUUUGCUUAAUCCUGAAAUAAAGUACAUGAAAGAUGGAUUGGGAUGGGGGACUCCAAGUCUUUCUUCACCGAUAUAUACAUACUUAUCCAAACUGUAAUCCUUUGAAAAGAGUAAAAAAAUCAACCAGAAAAAACAACAACAACAACAUUUGUUUCACAGUUUCAUACCCAUUAGAUAAGAACCCAUGCCGUAUUGUUGAAUAACUGCUCAAUUUUGGCUGAAUAUACGAUGUGCAAUUUGAUUUUUUUAUGCGGCUUUAUAAAUAAUGAAUUUCACAACUAUAUUGAAUUCUGUCACUUGAGUGAACUAAUGCUUUUAUUUUCAUGGAAGCUGAAUUCCUACAUAAUAUCUUUUGAAGUAGAAAUGAUAAAUCUUUGUAUUUCAUGAAUCAAUCGUCAGAUUUAAUUAUAACUAACUAGUACCCAUAGUUUUUGGGGUUGUGAUUUUAAAACUUGGAUGGCAUUAGGGGGUUGACUUCGAUUAAGGAAUUACAAACUUAAUAUUAUUCAGAGUGUGUACAAACAGAAAAUUCGGGAAAGGUCAUUGAUCAGUCUCUACAUUGGGGUUGGUGUGAAAUAUUUCUUACUCGUUUAUUUCAUUUUCAUCACAGCUGUUUUCUUUUUCUGUCUUUUUUUCAUUAAUUUUGAAUUUUAAACAUUCAUGUUGAGAUUUUUGUAAUGAAGUGUCCUAUAAAUUGGUAAAGUGAUGUGUUUUAAUAAGCCCUACAUGUAUACCAAUAUAAGUAUGAACAAUAAGUGUGACCUGAUAUAUAGAAUAGGGGCCAAAAUAAAUGUUUGUAACGAAAGGAAAUCAGUUAACCCUUAAUACACUAAAUAUCUUAAAUGGACUUGUCCUAUAAUUCAAUCUGGACGAAACCAUUCAUCAUUUUUAAGGGAAAUGGGUAUUGACAGAAUAGCCAGCAGUGCGGACCAUUAUUAGAAAGCAUGGUUAUGCCGGCUGAUCUUGGUCUGCACUGGUUGCAUGGGUAGAUUCAGUUGCCGUCUGGAGGCAAAGGGUUAAAAAAAAAAUAGGCUUUUUGCGUUUUCUUUUUGUAGAAGAGUUUCUUGCGACCAUUUUUUUUGUGUAGAUAUUUUUCAAGUGUGAGGAAGAAAAUCUUGAUUUUCUAUUUUAUACUAAUAUACUAAUCAGUAAAAUCAGGUACCUGUAUGUGUAUUUUAAUAUAUACAUGUAUACCUGGUGAAAUACAAGGUUUCAUUGAUGAGAUAUAAGGCAUCUCAUAUCACUAACUGUUAAAUUUUUCAUUCCAUUAACUAUGGAAUUAGGAUAAUUUAUUUGAAAUGAUGGAAUUUGGAUAAUUUAUUUAAAAUGAUGGAAUUAGGAUAAUUUAUUUGAAAUUAUGGAAAUUGAAUGAUAUUUUUAAUGAUGGAAUUAUGAUAAUUUAUUUCAAAUGAUGGAAUUUGGAUAAUUUAUUUCAAAUGAUGGAAUUAGGAUAAUUUAUUUCAAAUGAUGGAAUUAGGAUAAUUUAUUUGAAAUGAUGGAAUUAGGAUAAUUUAUUUGAAAUGAUAAUUCAAAAUUUCUCUCUCCUUCAAAUCAAUAAUAUACUUUCUUGUGAGAAUUCAUAGUUUCUAUCAAACAUUUUGAUAUAUUUUAUUAUACAAUUUUCACAAUUAUAUUGACAUUUAUGAGGACAUCAGAUAACUAUUUCUGUUUAUAUAAUUCUACAAGAGCCCUAAAUGUCUUAGAUAUGUUUUAAGUAUAUUUUCUGCCUUAUUGUAUUAAUGAAGUAUUUAUAGGAUGUUGAACUAGUAGGGUAUUUAUUUCUGUGUGACUUUCUUUUAUAUGCUGAAUCCCAGAAAAUAGAACAAGUGUAUUACUCAAGUGCUGCAUGUAAAGAGGAUAUAAAAAAACAUAUGUUCUGGAUACAGUCAAAAGCCAACAUUUAAUAUUUUAAAACAUUAUUUGUCUCAUUUUCUUAGCAGAUGAUUCAACAAUAUAAAGUUCUCAAAAAGGAUUUUUUAUUUCACUUUAAAAAAAUGGUUUGAAACUUCAUCAUAUUUUUUUACCAAGAUUUUCAAUUGCUUUUAACUGUGAUAAACUGCAAUUUAAUAUUGCUCUGCACAGAAAUAUUCUUGGCUAUUACCUACUUAUUCAGAUACUCUUGAGAAGACCCCCCACUGUAGAUGGACUCAAUGUUUUUUUGAGCCGACCCCCACCUUGGCUGGACCACCGUAUACAUACAUUUUUUUCUGAGGACUGUAACUGGAGCAUAUGUGCUUGCUAUUAUGUUGUUUUUUAUACAUAUAUAUAAAUGAAUAUAUAUAUGUAUAUAUAUAUAGUCUUAUAUCAGCUUAUUGUUAUUGGUUAAUAUUAUAAAGAGGUUCAAUUUGGCAUCUCUAGUGUCAGUGUAUUAAAUCAUCUAAAUAAA